AUGGGUUUAACAAGUUGGCCCUCCUGCAUUUCUCCUGCCUGCAUUUUUCUUGCUGUGUUCCUCAUUCUCUCAAACAUGCCUUGUGAAGCUCAGCUAUCUCCAACAUUCUAUGAUGAUACCUGUCCAACAGCACUCACCACCAUCCGGACAGCUGUCAGAACAGCGGUGUCACGUGAGCGUAGAAUGGCAGCAUCGCUGAUUCGUCUCCACUUCCACGAUUGCUUUGUUCAGGGCUGUGAUGCAUCAAUCUUGCUUGACGAUUCCUCCUCCAUUCAAAGCGAGAAGAAUGCACCUAAUAAUUUGAAUUCAGUUAGAGGGUAUGAAGUCAUAGAUAAUAUCAAGUCCAAGGUGGAGAGCAUUUGUCCAGGCGUUGUAUCUUGUGCAGACAUUGUUGCAGUCGCAGCCCGAGAUGCAUCUGUUGCUGUUAGUGGCCCAACAUGGACAGUGAAGCUUGGAAGAAGAGACUCCACCACUUCAGGCCUCAGCCUAGCUGCAACCAACCUACCAAGCUUUAGGGACAGCCUCGACAAGCUUGUUUCCUUGUUCGGCAGCAAAGGUUUGAGUGCAAGAGACAUGGUGGCCCUUUCUGGUUCUCAUACAAUUGGUCAAGCUAGAUGCGUGACAUUCCGGGAUAGGGUAUACAAUGGAACUGACAUUGACGCUGGCUUUGCCAGUACCAGGAGACGCCGUUGUCCUGCUGAUAAUGGGAAUGGUGAUGCCAAUCUUGCACCCCUUGAGAAAGGCCUUCUUCAAUCCGACCAAGUACUUUUUAGUGGAGGAUCCACCGACACUAUUGUCAAUGAAUACAGCAAGAGCCCAAAAACUUUCAGGUCUGACUUUGCAUCUGCCAUGGUAAAGAUGGGAGAUAUCGAACCUCUUACUGGAUCUGCUGGAGUGAUACGGAAAUUCUGCAACGUCAUAAACUAAUUACUCCACCAGUUUCUUCAU